AUGACGCUGCAUGACGGUGAAACAUCUCUCUCUACCUCUGUUACCAGGAAUGAUGCGAGCAUUGCUACCGAUACGCCUGCCGGUCAGGACGACGAAGAGGUCAUUUUGCCCAGAAUAUCCAAGUCACAAGUUCUAGCACGACAGGAAGAAGAACGAAAACAUUUAAAGAAGAAAAGCGAGAGAUUACGGUCUUCAAUUCCGAAAAAAGACAGAGCGGGACGUGCCCGAGCAGCUGAAGAUGCCGCUGAGGAAGAAAAGAGACUACUCGAAGCGCAGGCACUUGAGAGAUUGGAGAGCGGCAUCGAAGAGGAAGAAGCAGAGCCUACGGACAUCGCUAAUCCUCAAUUACCCGAAAGCAAUGAAGUUGCCCAGAGAUUGGGGGGUAGAACAGAAUCAAAAGCUGCUCGGAGAAGAAGAAAAAAAGCGGAGAAGGAAGCUGAGUCACAGCGCCGUGUUGAGGCGGAGCAGGCCAGCAUGGGGCCGUCUCCAAAAUAUCUUGAAACAGCCGCGAUACAAGCGCAACUUAAAUCGAAAAGCAUGAGAAUUCAACCUAUAAUGGCUGAUGGGCACUGCUUGUAUAGCGCUGUGGCGCAUCAGAUGGGGACUACUGACCUUUCAUCGCCAGUACCUGCUUCGGUGCAGGAUCUGAGGAAUGUCACGGCCGACUAUCUGAUGUCGCAUAAGGACGACUACAUGCCAUUUCUAGAAACGGUCCAGGGGGAUGAGGAGCUUUUCAAAAAAUAUUGUGACGAUCUGCGCAACGAACCUGUCUGGGGUGGACAGGUUGAACUUCGCGCACUAGCUGAAAUUCUUCAAACAGAGAUUGAUGUUUACGCAGCUAACUUGCCCAUCGUGAAAAUGGGAAAGCAAACGGAAUCGCGCCCAGUCUUGCGCGUUUCCUUCCACCGGCAUUACUUAGGCCUCGGCGAGCAUUACAACAGCAUCGUUCCAGCUUAAAUUCAUUCAUGGAAGGCUGUGUAUUUCUACGUCACAGUGGGCGACGGCUUUUGGGCGGGCCAGUCUGUUAGUAUUCUCUAAUGAAGGUAGUCAUGCAUUAGGUUACAUGUGAUGCUUGGAGAUAUGAUUGCUUCUUUGCGAGCAGCUCUCCUCAGUUGCUUUAUGUGCUGCAAUGAGAAUACGUGAAAACCCCAAUCUAUAAAUUAUAUACAAUGA